UGCUAGAGGAGGUUGGCUAAGCGCGCUCUGGCGGUGCCCGAUCUUAGUGGUAUCGUAACGAAGGUCGUCUUCGUGGCGUAGCAUCUGGGGGGUUUGUGCAAUGUUUUCCUUCCUUGAUGGGAGGAACGAGCCCAGCCGUUACCGCACAGGGUGCUUUCGCGAGUGACGGGCGCGCUGUUGGCAGCUGCGGGCUCCGUGUGCCGGGCGGCUGAACCCGGCUUGGUGGCACAGCGCGUGUGGUGACGCCGCCUCUGUGCGCAGCGCGGCUCCGAAGUGCAGCGCUUCCAAGUGACCUGCAGGAUCUGUAGGCCGCCUCUUCUUGAGUAACGGGGGGAUUUGGUUUUGCUUCCCUAAAGAUACGUGUGUGCUGUAUAUAUGGGCAGGAACACGGACGGUGUCCUUCACGGGCUCGUUCUUGACAGUGCUGUAAUUGUCUUAAGUGCUGAAAAAUAAAUCCCGCUUGUCCCAGCGCUGGCAUUUCCUCUCUGCUGACCUCUCCUCAGGUGCGUGUUGCUGUUUCAGUUGUUUUACAGUUCCUAUCCGACUUUUCUCCAUUAAGUCAUUUCCUACCAUCAUUUCCUCGGUCUUCCUUUUUCCACACUGAUCAGCCUGUCUAAAUCCAACCCUUCCAUCUCAGCAGAUCUUUUCAUUGUCCCCUGACAGUAUCAAAUCAUUACCAAAAAUUGCACCUUACCUCACAGCCAACUUAGUGCUUUGUUUUAUUCCAGCCCUUGAGAUGUUCCUCACUGCUGAAUACCUUGGAGCUGCUGCAGUUUAGCUUCAUUGCUAUAUUCAGAAAGCAUUCUGACAACCACUCUGCAAAGGAAAACUUUUUACAGCUUCCUUCCUCCUUGGCUUCCCUAGAUUAGUAAGGUUGCUUUUCUUAAAAUUCCUGAUCCUGAAGUUAAAUAUGGUGAUUUAUUUCAAAGCCACACUGACAAAGUUGUUUCAUUUCUAGGUGGAUAAUAAUUUGAACACUAAGACCCAGAAUACAAAAAUGGUUAUUCUUAUCAAUAUGACUUUUACUAAAGCCUUGUUCACAGUCAGAACAAAAAUAGAACACAGAUAUCAAUUAUAUGAACUGUCUUCAUUUGCUACAUGGCUUUUCACAAUGAAUUAAUAGCUGGGAAGUUGAGUAGACCCAAUGUAUACCUCAAAAACGUUUGCCCACCUGCUGUCCUCCCUGCUUGUUUUCUAUCACUUGGCCAUUUUUUAAUUCCAGAUUAACCUAUUUUGUUCUACAUUUAGUACAGAUAAAACACAAUUAAAACCUGUGUCCAGAAAAUCAACUCAUUUAUAGAGUUAGUGCAGUGAAUUAUUGACUUGCAGUUCUGUUUAAUUCUUGUCAAAACAAAUAUAUAAAAAUAUAGCCACGUGUUUCUUGUUUGCUAGAUUUGAUCUCUUAAUUAUGCUUUAACUCAGAGUUCUAAAGUGUUGGAGAACUCUGAUGUAGCACAAUAACUUCCACAUCUGUGAAAGUUGACUAGAGAGGUUUUAAUUUGACAGACAAAUCUAAUUUGAAUGAGAACUCUACUGCCUGAGGUCUCAAACCAGGGUUCUGUUUCUUUUUUAUAAUCUAUGUGUCAGAGUAUGUAUGUACAGAUAUUAGUGAAAUCUUGGACAAAAUAAGCUACUGGAGAUGUAAUUAAAGUUGUUUAAAAUGUGAUUUCUAUUACUGCAUAUGAGAUCUGCUGAGCUGGCCACACUGGAGAUGUAAGACCUCCUUUUAUCCACAGAACAGGUAUUGCAGGCUUGGCCUCUCUAAGAGGUCUCAGCAAGUAUCUGAAAAGACGCGUACAGGGGUGUGACUCACCACCAGGGACAGUCUGCACUACGGUGCCUCACGAGGUCACGCUGCUUAGUGAGCUGGCUCCUGGAAGCACAUCCUUCACAGCUUCCAUUAUGUUGUUUUGAAGCAAACUGGGUGGAUUUGAGUACAAAGCUGGAGUUACCUAUACAAACAGAGAACCGUUUCCACUCCCUGACGAGUGCAAAGCCUGGACAAGCAGCGUGCACUUCACAGUGCUUAUGGACAUUCCUGACUCAUCCAUCUGAGGGAACCAACAAGAGGGCACUUCUCUUCUUGACAUAGACUUCACUCUGUCUAGGAGGUGUGCUACACAAGAGCAGAUAAAAAAGGAAUUUUCAGAGUAAGAGGGAUAAAAGCUUUCUUGCAGAUAUAUGGUAGUGCAAAGGAAGAGCUCUCCUUGAUAGCUGAUGCAUCCUCUGGUAUUUUUUCUUAUCUACUCUUCCAUUUCAAAUAUAUUACCUGUGUAAAGAGUUGUAUGUAGAGGACAGUAAAGGGAAGAAGAGGAUUAAAGUUAUCAUCUUUAACUAAAUGCUCUUAUAAAUUCCUACAUCAGUAAUUCAAAUUGACUGCUGAAAUCAACAAAAAAGAAAAUGAUAAAAUUUUUUCUUAUGGUGAACAAACAAGGUCAAACGAGGCUCUCCAGGUAUUAUGAGCAUAUAGAAAUUCAUAAGCGGACAAUGUUGGAAGCUGAAGUAAUCAAAAACUGUCUCUCUCGUUCAAAGGAUCAAUGCUCUUUCAUUGAGUAUAAGGACUUUAAGUUGGUAUACCGACAGUAUGCAGCCCUUUUCGUAGUCGUUGGAAUCAAUGAGACAGAGAAUGAGAUGGCAGUGUAUGAACUAAUUCAUAACUUUGUGGAGGUUCUGGACAAAUACUUCAGCAGAGUGAGUGAAUUAGAUAUCAUGUUCAAUUUGGAUAGAGUGCACAUCAUACUGGAUGAAAUGGUGCUAAAUGGCUGCAUUGUGGAAACAAACCCCAACAGAAUUCUUGCACCACUGUUUGUGCUCGACAAAGUGGCGGAGAGCUAGGAAGAUGCAAGACUGACUGAAGCAUGUAACAAAAGAUGGGGAAAUCCUCAAAAGCAUACCAACAAGCAAUCCUCUGAUUUUGCAAGACCAACUCAUGCAAUAUGUAAAUCAGCUUAAAAAUAUUUCCAGCUUCUCCUGUAACCUGAAAAAGACACAGAACCACAAAGUGGAAACUUCAUUUUCAGACUUGCUAAGGACACAGCAGAAGCCUUUCUGGAACAAAGAAACGUUCCUCAAGAAUUGUCUUUUCUUUCAAACAAACAAAGAAUAAAGCAAUGGAAACUUACUUCUGACUGUGUAGGUAUUGCUCUGAAUCAUGUAGCAUUCUGCCAGACCUAGAAAGACAGAAAAUAUGGAAAAACAAUUUCAAACUAACUUUCAAUGGCACUUUUCAAAACAACAAUAUGAUUUUUUAUUUUCAUUCGUAUGUACACUGAGUGUAAAAGUUCGGUAACUCUUAUGACCAUCUUUAAACUAGAUUGAGUCUUAGUCAAAAAGCUGGUUGUCUUGACCUCUGAUUUUCGGUUACAAAAUACAUGUAAAUAACACAAGUGUAGAUAUAUGUAAGAUUCCUGUG